AUGGGGGGAGGUCCUCAAUUUCCCGCCUCUGUCCAGCAGAAUUCCCCCGUCGACACCCGAAAUGCCAAACAUUUGUAUGCUGUCGUCGACAUGGGCAGUAAUGGCAUUCGAUGCUCCAUCACGAAUCUCUCUGCCCCUACGACGCGAAUCCUACCCACAGUCUACGCCCAUCGCAUUAAUAUUUCCCUCUACGAGACCCAAUUUGAUGACCAUGGCGACCGGAUUCCCAUCCCGCAAACCACCAUCGAGGCUGUGAUCGGCGCUAUUCUGCGCUUCCAGAUCGUUUGCCUGGAGAUGGGCGUGCUCGCCCGGAAUACUCGCAUCGUGGCCACGGAGGCGACCCGCACCGCUCUCAACGCCGCCGAGUUUAUGCGAGCGCUGCACGGUGCCACAAGCAUCGCCGUCGAGACCCUGAGCAAGACCGAGGAAGGCGUCGUGGGUGCCUGGGGCAUCGCCAGCGGGUUCUCGCAGCUGGCCGGUCUGGCGUUGGAUCUCGGCGGCGGCAGCAUGCAGAUGACGUGGAUCGUGUCGAACGCCGGCCAGGUGGUAACGAGUCCGCACGGAGCCGUCAGCUUCCCGUAUGGUGCCGCCGCUCUCACCCGGACCCUGGCGGAGUUGGGAAAGGGCAAGAGUAAGGAGGACGCUCGUCGGGCCAAGAAGGCCUUCCGCCGCACCAUGGAGGACAACUUUCGACGGGCAUGGGCGGCGCUGGACAUCCCGCAGUGGCUCCUGGACCAAGCGAGGCGAGAAGGGGGAUUCCAGGUGUAUCUGUCCGGUGGUGGGUUCCGGGGCUGGGGAUAUCUGCUGUUGUAUCAGCACCAGAUGCGCGACGAAGACUAUCCCAUUUCCAUCAUCAACGGAUACUCGGUGCCCAAGGAGGAUUUCGAGAACACCGAGGCUUUGAAGAAGAUCGCGCGCACCGCUCGCCAGAUCUUCCGCGUGUCGGAUCGCCGGCGCCAGCAAGUGCCCUCGGUGGCCUUCUUGGUCAACGCCUUGGCCGAGGCGGUGCCCUUUGGCAUCCGCGAAGCGCACUUCUGCCAGGGCGGCGUGCGCGAGGGUCUGCUGUUCCGCACGAUUCCUCCGAUGGUACGCCAACAGGAUCCGUUGACCGUCGCGACGCGGCCCUUUGCGCGACCCUCUGCGGAGGCUCUGGCCGGCUUACUCGUCGCCUGCAUUCCCCGACCGACGGCCGACCGUCGCUUUCCGCCAUCCGUCUCCGGGCAGGUGCUGCAGGCGCUGGCGAAUGCCCUCUACGUGCAUGCUGCCCUAUCGACCGAGCUCUCGUCGGCGGCGGCCUUGUACAGCACCGGCACGGGCGUGCUGUCGAGCGCGCACGGGGUCCCGCACGCCGACCGGGCGCGCCUGGCGCUGAUGCUGCAGGAACGGUACGGCGGCGAGCUGCCGCGGCGGGAGCAAGUGUUUCGCGACCGUCUGCGCGACCUGCUGACGCCGGAGGAGGCCUGGUGGAUGCGAUACGUGGGCAAGGUGGCGCUGGUGCUGGCGCGCGUCUAUCCGCUGGGCGUCAUCGACGCGGCGCGACCCCGACUGCUGCCCCUGGCGAAAUGGGCCGACGAUCUGGGCUCUCGCGGGGAUCGCACCGGCGUCGCGCUGACGUUCGCCGUGCAGAAGGUGGCCUUCGAUCCGACGCGGCUGAAGCAGGAGCUGGCGCAGGACAUGCGCAAGAUCCAGAAGGUGGGCAAGCGGAAACACUGGAUCGGGGGCCGCGACGGCUGGGGGAUGAAGGUGCAGGUGAAACUAGUGGAGGAGGAUCUGCUGUAG